GGGGCAAAAGUUCGGCCUCAUCUUCUUCUCCGUCACCCAUCGAAUCCGACCACCAAGUGCCCGACUCCCCUCCCCCUCUCAUCCCCUCCCCUUGGCAUGGCGAGCUUCGUGUGCUUCACCCAUGUGAAUCUCGUCACCUUUUCAACCAAAUCAUCUAACCCCUCCUCUUCUCUCGCCCACAAGACUGUUGCUAUCUCCCUCAGCUCCCGCUUUCAGUCCCUCAAGGCCCAGGCUUCUGACAGUAAUCAAGGAACCAAGCCGAAUAGCAUUGUCUGUGCUGACUGUGAUGGGAAUGGUAUCGUAUUGUGCAAACAAUGCAAAGGAACUGGGGUGAAUUCUGUUGAUCACUUCAAUGGCCAAUUCAAAGCAGGUGCAUUAUGCUGGCUCUGCAGAGGCAAGCGGGAAAUCUUAUGCGGGAAUUGCAACGGAGCGGGCUUUCUGGGCGGUUUCUUGAGCUCCUUUGAUGACUAGUUGUUGUUAAAAAAAUGCUUCAUAUUUUCACAUGUUCCUUAGAUACAAAGGAAUUUUCCAUCUCAUAUAUGUUGUGUUGAAUUCUGAAAAUGAAUGCUUCUGUUACUCAGCAUUAUGUUUUGCAGGGUUGGCAUUAGUAUUUGUUGUAAAAAUUUCAGAAACAAGGGUGGCAAAUUGUUUCAGUUAGAGAUAUAACAUGCUUCCAGACUAUCUAUAA